AUGUCAGCAGGAAGGAAGAACUUCCAGGCAAGAGACAUGGUGCCCACCACUCCCGUGUCCCAGAGUCACGCAGGGCUGGUGCAUGGGGGUGGGGAAACGGGGGUGGAUUCUACGGACGAAGGGAGCCAAAAGGGCGUAGCACCUUCCUGCACAGCGUCUCGGGAGCGUUUGGCGGGCCUCUCAGGGCUCUGCCGCUCCAGCUCCCUGUACGACUACAAGCAAUUCUCAUCCUACCUUCACAGGACGAAAGGCUGGGAACUCAGAACAGACUCUCAGGCAAGAGGACCAGGGUUUGCCCAGAAACGCCUCCGGACUGGGCACUUUGCGGUGCAGUGUCGCCAUUGCUGUUCCUUCUUGUUGCUUUUUCCCUGUUCCUUCGGCAGCAGCAGCCGAGAGACACGGGAUUCGAGAACGCUCCGACGUCAUCUUCGGAACGUUCCGACAUUGAGUGCUCUACGAGGGGGAGGAGAGCGGCGGAGGAGGCAGGAGGCGGGGCGCGCUCGGCCCUACCCGGCCCUGCUGUGCUGCGCGUGGCCGCUGGGAGCGCCAGAGAGGCGCAGAGUGCGCGGGGCCGGGGAGAGCGCGCAGUCGGGCUGGCGGAGCGCAGAGCGGUGCAGAGAGGCCAAGAGCUGCGCGGGUUCAAUGGGGCAGGGUCGCCUCGAGCCUGCAUGCUGCGCACCGCCGCCCUGUCCGGACAGCAACCCCGCAACUGCAGCAGCCCCGGACAGAAGUAACGAUGGCCUUUUCCGCAGUCGCCGCUGGAAGACCCAAAGUUUUGGAUGCAUCAUGUCUCCUCCUCCCGGGGUCCCGGUCACCCACCGUGCGUGCGAUGUCCCCGAGGGAUCCUGGGGGCUUAGAUCGACUGUUCUGCACCCCUCCACCACCAUCCCCCAGGGCAGGGUGGGGACUCUGGCGACUGUACCUCCCACUACCAUACCCAGUCUCCUCUUUGGUGAGUCUCGGAACCCGGUCGCUGCGCAGAGGUCUUCCGGAGCCAGAAGCCAAGGGGAAAAUGGACAAGGCUCAGAGAAGCAGAAAGUGAAUACUAACCUCGGGGACGGCUUUGCCGCUGUGAACGUCUUUGAUCACACCCUACCAUGGGGGACCCAAACCCUCCUCGUGGACAGUUUUUGAAGAGCCAGAUGGUGUGGUGGGUUAGAAAAUCCAUGAGGAAUUAAAGGAAACACAGCCUUGUAAGUAUGGCUCAUUCCAGAUGAUCGCUUUCCUGCUCUAAGUGGAGGGCUGCUCAGGGCUUGGGCACAGCACUCUUGGCUCUUAUCUGCAGUGCGUGGAUGGUGAAGUUGAGUCGACAAGGAACACUCCUUCUCGCUGUUCCCCCGGUCCCCUGGUUGCCAAAUACCUGCCCAGUGCUGCUGCAAUGCUCUGCACAACUGUGCCUCUUCUCGUGAUUGACAUGACAGGCAUCGAAGAUGUCUUAUGACAACCUACCUGACGGAUGGCCAUGGGGUGACACCAGGAGGUGAUGGGUGACAUUCUACCAGAUGGAAGGUGUUCCCGAGGCCCACAGUGGACUAGAUGGGCCAGUAGACAGAGUGAUGGUUGUGCAUCGGCCACCAGCUCCACUGACACUUUGGUAGAAUAGGAGUCGCCCUCCCUGUGGCCACGGCCACCCUGUGACCCCUGUGACCACAGUCACCCUGUGACCGUGGCCGCCCUGUGACCUCAGCCACCCUGUGACCCCUGUGACCACGGCCAUCCUGUGACCGCCACCACAGGACGCUCGCUGCCCAGAAAAGCCUUUGAGUCGGCGGUUUCCCAAGAGCUCCCUCGUAAACAAGAGAUACAGAGACUUGGGUCAUGGAAUACAACGGCCUUGGUUCUAAUGCUGCUUGAUUUGGCCCUAUACCAGGCUAGGAGGAGAUGGUGACAUAUACAUCAGCUCAAUAAAUUUGAUACUGGGGAGGGUCAGCGUGUGUGGUUUCAAUUACAGAUUAAUCCAGGAUUGAUUGAACAGUCUGCAUGGCUCCGGCUGGGAUGGAGUCCAAGGACUGGCAGGGGCUGGACUCUCGUGAGAGGUGGGUGUUGGAGAAUCAAUCGGUGGAUGGGCUCCAUGUCCCUUUGUAUCCAGGAAGAAUGUAAUUACGAGUGAAAUGCCGUCGUGAGGUGAGCGCAAUGACAGGAGGAGGCUCGGCACAGCCUGUCCUGCCUCUUAUCCCUCAUCCCUGCACAGCUCCGUCUACACAAACCUCCCGCGCUGUGCUCUCGCCUGGCUCUCUGUCUUUAGCGAGACUCACCCCAUGGCAUUUUAGGGGAGAAAGACCACAGUGAUUGCUUCUAUGAAGAGGGCCUUACCAGCACGGUGAGGCUUGCCUGAAAUUUCCGAAGAAUCACAAGUUCAAGACCACCCUGGGCUAUGUAGAAAGCCCUUAUUUUAAACAAGAAAAAGGCAGCAAUCCAUAAUUUUUCCUAAGUAUUCUGGCAUUCAGAUACUGGUCUGUUGAAGGAAUUGUUUUUUUAAUGUCGUGUCAGGGACUACCCCAAUUAGACUGACCUGUGGUAUCUCAGGGAAUAACAACCUCAUUUCUAGAACCAGGAAAGUGGCUGACUCACCUUGCCUGAUAGGCAGAAGAUAAAUGACCCAGGGGGUUGAGUGGGACAGUGGCCACCCAGAGCAGCCAAGGCUGUGGGAAAGAAACCUGAUCUGAGCAGGGCAUGCCUGACUGAUAUAAAUAGAUGGUGGCCCAGCGCCUCUGACGGGGGCAGUGGCCCUUAGUGGACAGCGGGCAAGUCCUGGGGAGGUCCAGAUCAGAUGGGAGGGUUUGUCUACAACUGUGCUGUGAAGUAAUGGGACAUGGGCAGGAAUACAGUGUCUCAGAUUCCCUGAGUCCCUAAGCAGUACCACCUUCCCGGGGGUGCAGAUGAGGCUCAGUCUGCUGAGUGCUGAGUGACUCUCCUGCGUGCAAAGGACAUGGGCUGGAACCCCAGCUCUGCAUGGACCAGAUGUGGUGAUACCUGAAGUUCAGGGUCUGCCUGGGAUGUGUGAGACCCUAUCUCAAAACAAGUAACACUGCUUUCCAGAAGAAAUGAUAAGAUUAGGGCUAUGCUUAUCCAAGGUGAGAAAGCUGGAUUUUUUUUUUUCAGGACUCCCAUACUCGGUCACAGACAUAUGGUAGCAACAGAAGCCUUACAUCCUGGUGGCCCCAGGGAAGCACCAGCCCUGGGGCAUUCCUAGAGAGACAGAAGGUAACAUUCACUCAAGGUAGGGGACCAAGAGUCUCAGAUGCCAGAGAGGCCUAUGCUGACCAAACCAACAGCAAAAUUCACAGCUUCCUGAACACCUACAAGGGUUUUAGUUCAGAGGGUAAUUCUAUGUCAACUCCAAUUCAGAGUGAUACCCUUCAAUUGUUUUUAUUCGAAAGAUGUCGUUGGCCAACAGGGAUGUCCUGGCUAAAGAGCAUUCCCAGAGUCAUUUCCCACCUUUCUGAGGAGGCCGGAUCCUCCAUCUUGCAUAGACAGCAAUUAUUGGGGGAAAAAAAGGAAGAAAAGGCAUAAAUAUGAAUGCUCGUCAACCUAGAAAUAAAUGUUAGCAUUUUGAUGUUUUGGUAAUGUACUGCCAUCCACACAAUAUCUCUCUACCAUCUACCUAUUGAUUGUGUUUAUAGAUGUUUAGGUCCUUGUUCUGCCAGCCAAGACACUUAGUGUGGCAACCCAUGGCUACAUAUAUAAACAUAAAUAUAAACAUACUGUAAACGAUCUACUUAAAUCUAUGUGCCAUCGUAGUUAAUAUAGGCUAAUAAAUGACUUUUUAAACAAU